AUGGGGGAGCUGCGCGAGUGGUUCGCUCGCCGCUGGAGGCGUGCUGCUGAGUCUGGAGGUGCUGCUGGAGCUGGGGCUGGAGCUUCUUCGACCGUCGAGGGUGCGGGUGCUGCCGGUCCCGGAGCUGCUGGACCUGCGGGUCCUCCUGGAGCUGGAGCUGCUGAGGGCGUUGGUGCUGAGCCUACUGCUGUUGGUCCUGCCGCUGGAGGUGUGGGUGGCGCUAGUGCUGUCGCUGAGGGUGCUGGUGCUGUCCCUGCUGAGUCUGGAGCUGCCGCGCGGCCUCGGCCGUACUUCGUUCCGCUCCUGCAGCAGGUUCUUGGUCUUUCUCCUCCAGUAGAGGGUCCACCGCCUGUCCAGUCGCAGUCCCUGCUGGAGCCUUCCUCUCCACUGCCUGCUCCCUCUCCUUACACUGGUCCUACUGGAGGUCUUGCUGAGCGUCGUGAGCCUGCGUCUCGUCCCGCGUCGCCUGUUCGUGCUGCUCGCGCUAGUGGUCGCAGUUCGCGUCAGCGUCCUCCUCCUGUCCCUGGCACGCACCGGAUGUCUUUACGUCCGUCCACUGCUCCUCUGCGUGCCCCUUUGCCUUCUCCUCCUGAGUCCUCUCUUCCUGCACUUGCCGACCCUGAGUCGGACUCUCUUCGUGCUGCCAGUCCUACUGUCACGCGUCUGCUUGCUACUGUCGUCACUGACCCCUCUUUUGAGUCCACUGCUGCGUCUGCUCUAGUCGCUGAGCUCGUCGACUUUGCUGCUCGCUGUCGUCUCGACUACGCUGCUAGUCUUGUUGCUGAGUCUGCGUCUGUCUGUCCUCCGUCCGUCGGGGGUGAGUGUGCUCUUGGCACGGACGUCCUAGAGGACAGGCAGGAGGAGUUACAGUGUCUAGCGGCUGCUUCACCUCAUCUCGCGUCUGUACUGCUUGCCCCUGAGGGAGACCCGGAUGCACUAGACAUCCCGACUCCGCGUUCUUACGCGGAGGCCGUAGAGGGUCCCUACUCCUCUCAGUGGCAGGCAGCUAUGGAUGCAGAGAUGGCUUCCUGGAAGUCCACAGGCACCUACGUUGACGCGGUUCCCCCUCCUGGGGCGAACAUCGUCAGUGGCAUGUGGAUCUUCAGGGUGAAGCGGCCGCCGGGCUCUCCACCUGUCUUCAAGGCACGGUACGUUGCUCGUGGCUUCAGUCAGCGGCAGGGAGUUGACUACUUUCAGACCUUCUCUCCCACCCCGAAGAUGACUACUCUUCGGGUGCUGCUGCACAUAGCCGCUCAGCGCGACUACGAGCUUCACUCUCUCGACUUCAGCACUGCGUUCUUGCAGGGUAGCCUGCACGAGGAGAUCUGGCUUCGCCGUCCACCUGGCUUCACUGGGACUUUCCCUCCUGGCACCCAGUGGAGCCUCCGACGGUCUCCGCCAGGCACCGCGUGA